CUUACAGUCGUUUUGAUAAUCUCGUACCCCACAAGCCACAAUGUUCUAAUUACUUUCCUCUACAAAAGAAAGACCAAACAAGCUCACACACACGGCAACGAGCUCAAUCCUCUUUUCUUUGAGAAUAAUCGGGACGAUCCUAAUUCUUGUUUUGAAGCAGCAGAGUGAUGGAGGAUACUGAAGGGAGCUUCAUGAACUCGGUUCCGGAAAACACGGGUGGUCCUGUUGGUGUUGAUCAUUUGUCUUUUCUCAAAGACUAUGGAAUCUUUGGGAUACUGGGGGCGGUUAUUGUCGCGCUACUCGUACCCGUGUUGCUGUCAGCUGUGUUUAUGGGGAAGAAGAGGAAGCAGCGUGGAGUUCCUGCUCAGGUUGGCGGCGAGGAAGGCUACACAAUGCGGAACAUUCGAGUUAAUGAGUUGAUUGAAUCACCUGAUGGGGAGGCAACCACUGUGCCGGCCUUGUUUGAGAUGUCGUGUGAGAAGUAUGGGCCUAAUCAGUUUCUUGGAACCAGGAAGUUGAUUGGGAGGGAGCUUGUCACGGCUAGUAGUGGCAAGAAGUUUGAGAAGCUUCACUUGGGGGAGUAUGAGUGGCAGACUUACAGGCAGGUGUAUGAUCGUGCUUGUAGCUUUGCGUCGGGGCUUAUUAAGUUGGGGCAUAAUGUGGAUACUCGUGCCGCGAUUUUUGCUGAUACUUGUGCAGAGUGGUUUAUAGCAUUUCAGGGGUGCUUCCGGCAGAAUCUUACUGUUGUUACCAUCUAUUCUUCCCUAGGUGAAGAUGCCUUGAUCCACUCGCUUCAUGAGACUCAAGUAUCAACAUUGAUCUGUGAUUCAAAGCAGUUGAAAAGGCUGGCUGCCAUAAGCUCAAGCCUAUCCAGCAUAAAAAAUGUAAUAUAUUUUGAUAACGAGGCAAGUUCAGAUGCUGAAGAAUGUGAAAGUAAUAGCAAUUGGGCAGUCAGAUCCAUUUCUGAAGUUGAGAAACUUGGACAAGAAAGUUCUGUUCAUCCACGUUUACCUUCUAAGAAUGAUGUUGCUGUUAUUAUGUAUACGAGCGGCAGUACAGGUCUGCCAAAGGGAGUCAUGAUAACUCAUGGCAAUAUUGUAGCCACUACAACAGCGGUUAUGAGAGUGAUUCCAAAUCUGGGUAGCACUGAUGCAUACUUAGCAUACUUGCCCUUAGCUCAUGUUUUUGAAUUGGCUGCAGAGUCUGUGAUGAUGGCUUCAGGUGUUAAAGUUGGUUAUGGUUCCGCAUUGACUUUAACUGACACUUCAAAUAAAAUUAAGAAAGGAACCAAGGGAGAUGUUUCUGCGUUGAAGCCGACUCUCAUGACUACGGUUCCUGCUAUUAUAGAUCGCAUUCGAGACGCUGUUUUUAAGAAGGUUGAGGAGAAAGGGGGGAUAUCAAAGAAACUUUUUGACAUUGGAUUUAAUCGGCGGCUGCCUGCUGUAGAAGGAAGCUGGUUUGGUGCUUGGGGUCUGGAAAAAUUGUUUUGGGAUACCUUCGUCUUUAAAGUUAUACGUCUGGGGCUGGGAGGCCGUGUACGUUUUAUGCUCUGUGGUGGAGCUCCUUUAUCUGCUGAUUCACAACGAUUCAUCAAUAUCUGCAUGGGGGCUCCAAUUGGGCAAGCAUAUGGCUUGACUGAAACAUUUGCUGGAGCUACGUUUUCUGAGGCGGAUGACACAACAGUGGGCCGUGUUGGCCCACCCUUGCCUUGUUGUUACGUCAAGCUUGUUUCUUGGAAAGAAGGUGGAUACUUGCCAUCUGACAAGCCAAUGCCCCGUGGGGAGAUUGUAAUUGGGGGACCCAGUGUAACUGCUGGGUACUUCAAUAAUCAAGAAAAGACGGACGAGGUCUACAAGGUUGACAAGAAUGGCAUGCGCUGGUUUUAUACUGGUGACAUUGGAAGGUUCCAUCCUGAUGGAUGCCUUGAAAUUAUAGAUAGGAAAAAGGAUAUUGUUAAACUUCAGCAUGGAGAAUACAUUUCCCUCGGAAAGGUUGAGGCGGCAUUAAUAAACAGCAAUUAUGUGGACAGUAUCAUGGUAUUUGCAGACCCCUUCCACAACUACUGCGUAGCUAUAGUUGUCCCUGCGCGUGGCGCCCUGGAGCAGUGGGCUCAGCAAGCUGGAAUCAAGUACAAUGAUUUUUCGGAGCUGUGUGCAAAAGGAGAAGCAGUUAGUGAGGUCCAACAGUCGCUCUCCAAGAUAGCAAAAGAAGCAAAAUUGGACAAAUUUGAACUGCCUGGAAAGAUUUAUUUGGCGCCUGAUCCAUGGACACCCGAAUCAGGAUUGGUUACUGCUGCUCUCAAGAUCAAGAGGGAGCAGAUUAAGGCCAAGUUCAAAAGUGAGAUUGAGAAGUUAUAUGCUUGAUCAAGUUUCUGUUUUCCUAGUUUUCCCAAGUUGCAUGGCCUCGAGUGUAUAAUCAAUUAAUGGUGUUCUGGUCCUUUAAGCACACCCAGGCAAGAAUGCUCGCUGGGAUACGAAAUCUCAAAUCAUUUUUCGAUGACAGAUUCCACUGAUAUCUAAUUGUACCCGUCUUCUUUUGUUCUAAAGAUAAUUCUCUUCCACUUGUAAUAUAUUCUAAAGAUGAAUUUGAGAUUUUCCUGUGUCAUUUCUUGUUA